AUGGCCCCGCGAAAACGGAAAGUUGUGGUGGCUACGGCUAAUACGGUGGAAACAGUGAAAUUCUCAACCGUAGUUAUACAGACGGUGCUAAGCGCGCAGCAAAAUGAAACCACGCAUGCGAAGCUGGUAAAGCAGCUUAAGAAACUGUACACCACCGUGCAGCAUGAUUCGUUUAUGAAAUCAUUCCUACAAGUGAUUAAACGGCAGAUGGAGCACGACGAAACGAACCCGUAUGCAAACCUUGUGCUUAAGUUUAGUGCCAAAUUUGUGGCCGAUUCCGAGUACAGCGCGCAAGCCGUUACGCACCCGAUCAUGGCAUCAAUGUUCGAUUGGCUGCUCACCACGAUUAGCAACAUUCAGCGGAUACGGUUCCGGAUUUGUCAACUCGUAAACCUGAUCCUCAAUGCGUUGGGCACAGAUGCGGCGUUGGAUGACACGAUCUGCGAUAAGAUUCUACGGUACAUGCUUGAGCGGAUAAGGGACGCUUCGCAGCACGUGCGGGUACAGGCCGUAUUGGCACUGCAGCGCCUGCAGGAUCCGAGUUCACCCGAGGAUCCCGUGGUGCGCGCUUAUGUGUAUCACCUGGACAAGGAUCCAUCGCCGAAGGUGCGGCAGGCAAUCAUCUCCUCCCUGGGACGGAACUACCGUUUGAUUCCUUACAUACUGGAUCGACUGUGGGAUGCGGAUGAGAAAGUGCGUCGGCACACGUACAUGCAGAUGAGUAGCUACCCGGUACGGCAGUAUAAGAUCGAGCAGAGAUUAAAGUUCCUCGAGCAAGGCCUCAACGACCACUCGCAAGCCGUACGUGAUGUGAUGCGUAACGUCAUGAUUCCUCAGUGGAUUGAAUCAUACCAGCGGGAUUAUGUUGCAUUCGUGGAAGCUUUGAAGCUUGAUUCGGACGAGAAGGAGAUGGAUCGAUUCCGGAAAGCCGCCAAAACUGUUCUGAUGGAAAUUUUCAAUAAAAAAGGUGUUAAAGAAAUGGCCAGUUUGUUGAAUUUUGAAGGAGAGAAAAGAACGGUCCCACUGGAGGAACUCACAAUUGAGCGUUUAAUCUGCUGGCAAACGAUGUUAGAGUACCUGCAAAAGACCGAUUCCGACGACCUGGAAGGUUAUAUGGUCGAGCUAAGCAAAUUUUGCGAGUACCUUAAGGAAUUCGUGGCAAACCCUAACGCUACCACAUCCGUGAAAACCGCAACUAGCAGUGCGAGUGUGAAUACACAAAUAUCCUCACCGGGUCAGCCCGAGACAAUGGAUAAGCUGCACCAACUGUACGUGCAGUACAGUUUGCAGAUCUUGCUGGAAAUAGUUUUAAUGUUUGACUUUUGCGAUGAGUUUGGGCGGGAAAAUCUAAAGCAGGUUUUGUCGGACAUUCUCCGCAAUGAAAAUCUGUUCGAGAUGAACGUUCGACUCAUAAUGGAAGCGUUCGAGAAGCUUAUCACCGACGUGGAGACACGGUUGAACUUUUUCGUUGAGUUGGUGAAUUCCAUGGUGGAACCGUCGCGGCAGGAUGUUUCUAACAGCUCCCGCCAGCUAGUCGAUGCGUACCUGGAGAAGCAUCCGGAAAUGACGACACUCAUGCUGCAAAUCACGUCACUUCGUGUGAAGAUCCUGGAGCUGCAAGAGCAGGAAAGUGCCCUCUCCGAACAGAAGGAUUAUGCCGGUGCUCAGCUGAUGAACGAGGAGGUUAACUUGUGCAAUGAGCAGUACGCCAAUCUGGUGAAACCGCUCGUACACGAAAUGUCGCUGUCUUCAAGUAGUAUCGAUGAUAACGCCAGCACCAUCACGCUGCAGUUUCGCGAUUCGAUGCUGAAACCGCGUCGAGUAACACAGGCAACGGUCGAGAAGUGUCUCCAGGUGUGCUUCUAUCUCGUCAACGGUCCAUCGGUGCGUUCUCUUACACCGCCGGUGUGUAAUCUGUAUCCGACGUUUAUCAGCCGCCACGUACAGUCGGGCCAGCUGUCCACGCGUAACUGGGCGUUGAGGACCGCGACCGCGUUCAGCAUGCUUUAUGAUGGGCUUAGCAAGGAAACGUUCCAGCUGCUAUACCAGCAGUUCCUCAACACCGCCUCAUCGCGCCUCUGGAAGACGGCAUUCGAGUGUGUUUUCGAAUUGCUCGACAAGAACGGGUUCGAAUAUUUCGACCUGGAAAGCGAAGACGUCAACAAGGAUGAUUCACGUACGAACAAAAGCUCCCGGCAGCUGUUCAGUCGGCACAACACCAGCUACCACGACGACUCGACGACUGUAUCCUGCAAUGGUAAUGAGUUCUACAAGAUGUCCAUCCACUUCAUGGAUACGUGCAACGACAAUGCGAUCUGUUCGGCCAUCAUCGACGGUUUCUGUCGGUUGAUUUUGCGCGGACGGUGCAGCUCGGCCGAUAUUAUGUCCAAGCUGCUGUUGCGCUACUUCAAUCCGACCACCGAACCGGAAAUGCAGCAAAUGUUGGGCAUCUUUUUCCAGCGCUUGAUAGCGAAGCGUCGUCAGGAGCUGAUGCAGAAGGCACUGCUGAACACGCUGUUUCACGUGUUGGAAGCUCCGAACGAAAGCCCGCUGGCUGAGGUACGACCGGAGUCGGUGAUAAAGUUCGUGGUAGACUCGACCCGGCCCGUGUUCUGCAAUCCCGGCGUUAACCCACACAAUACGAUCGCCAUCACGUUCCUGCGGGUGAUGCGAGACAACAUUACACUGAAGGAUCUGCUGAAGUUGCUCAGCAAAGAGUUACUCGUGCUGGACAUUAAGGAUGAUGCGGUACUGCGGUCCGAUCUAGCGAAUGCGGUGGGUGAAAUUUUGAACGAACCCUGCCUGGAUGUGAAGACAAUCAAAAAUUUGACCACGUUCCGGCAGACGAUGUUGGGCAAGAUUCGGGAAACGAUCACGUUUUCUUCGACGCGUAUACAGGUCCCGAAUGGUGCUGCAGAUGAGGAAAGCUCGGAAAGACCAGUGACGGAGGUGAACGACGAUGCCAACGAAGCACCAGUGGACGAGGAAGAACAGGAGCAGGAAAUGAACGAAGACGGCGAGCGGUCCGAAGAACGGCCGCUGAUUAACAAAUCCAUACUGCAGGAAGAUUCCGACACGGAUCUGUUUGCAUCACCGCUGAAGUCUACGCAUGGUCCAGCAUCUCCAACGAUGUCACCGGCAAGAGCUAAUGAUAGUGUUGCUCCUGGGCCACCGGAUUCCGGUGUCCGAUCACUCCGACGGUCUCUCGUGCCACGUUCGCCAAUAAACGAGGUAUCGGACAACGGAAAGUUCAAAGUGCCCGAUGCGUCUACCCUGCUCAAAAUCCAAGCAGCAUCGGCACGGUUUAGAGUAGCACUUGGCACGCCUAAGACGGUCCCAUCGAAAGUUGCGCAAUCGGAAGAAGAUUUUGAAAUUCCGUCCACAAACGACGAGCAAAGUUCGGAUGAGCAUGGAUUUUCAAGCACGUCCGAGGAUGAGUUGGAGAUCCCCGAAACACAACAAUCGGAGAGCCGUAUGAUUAAUCUUACUAAUGUAACCGUACGUCGGUCAACGCUCUCAACUAGGACAAGUGCCCGUAAGAACCAUAAAACAUCAUCCAGUAAUUCGUCUUCGUCGUCCUCAUCGGAUUGCGAGGCUGUCGAAGCAUCGCCAAACGCUACGAUCAAUCGCACAAACCGUUCUGCAAGACCACUGCACAAAGCAGCGACCAAAGCUUUGACGGAGCGCAAUCUCGUCCCUAUGCCUGGAACAUUACCACGUGCUACCCGCCAUGCUGCUCGCUUGGACACGAUCAACAGGAAGGUUAUGACGCGAAAAUCUCUUUCGGAACUCGGAAGUUCGCCCACUAGAACAUCAACGAAAGUCACACGCCACACAAGCAGGACAAUUACCACUAAUUCUCCCACUGGCAUCACCCGACCAUCACGACAGUCAAAAAAUAAUACCGAGCCAGAACCUGCUUCCCCGAUAGCGUCGUCGAAACGGGUACCCACGGGAACCGGUUCUAAUACCCCCACCAAAACAAGAACAUCCAGCCGUACGAAAGCGAUCGAAAGUUUGACCGCCGGUCAGCAAAGUGGCUCUCCGACGGGCAGCAAACGGUUGCGUGAACAACGAUCAGCAGUAACAGCAAAAACAACCGAACAAAGCCCGCUAAGGUUGACCAUCAACCGGAAGGCUAGUUCCGGCAGUGCGGAAAGUAGCAGUGGCGUUUCUACGUCGAGUCCGAUACGACUAAAGCGUGCUGCAGUUGUACUGACACCCUUGAGUGCCGUACGUCGGUCGCAACAGGCGGAUGGUGACAAGGCUUCGGCAACGGUGGGCACCUCACCGAGACGGCCGAACCGGAAAGCAACGCGAACGGAUAAAAGGUAAAUUAAUUCACAGCUUUCAAGAACGAACCAACAUGUAACUACCACUGUAUAUUUCCAAUAAAGUGCAAAAACGA